UCAACCUCUUUCUACUUACCUUCCGUCACUUUCCUUCAGACACAUUCUUUGCUCACUCAAAACCCAAAUAGCGUUUUCCACAUUGCGUUGACCCUUUCUCUGCGAUCAUACCUUCAAAUCUACUACGCCGAAUCAAAAAAUCACUCUAUCGUUUCAAUGGCUGCGACGUCUCUCUCUUCGUCUACGAUUCCAUCGCUGAAUCCUAACUCAUCGUCUACUGUUUCUCCUCUCGCUCCGCGCUCUGUCUCCGCCGUCAAAUUCCAGUUUCCACUUCGUCGGAUUCGAAUCGGAGACUUGAAGCUCUCCUCCCUAUCUUCAUCAAAUCGAUCCACUCCUCGCGCUAUUGAAGCAAAAAAGCAGACGUAUGACUCAUUUGAUGAUCUCCUUGUGAACUCUGAUAAACCUGUUCUUGUCGACUUCUAUGCGACCUGGUGUGGUCCCUGUCAGUUUAUGGUUCCGAUUCUCAGUGAAGUGAGUGCAACACUGAAAGACAAGAUCCGGGUGGUGAAGAUUGAUACUGAGAAGUAUCCGAGUAUUGCUAAUAAAUACAAGAUCGAGGCACUUCCUACGUUCAUCCUAUUCAAAGAUGGGGAACCUUGUGACCGUUUUGAGGGUGCUUUGGCGGCCAAACAACUUGUCCAACGGAUUGAAGAUUCCCUUGAAGUGAAGCCUUAGUUAUAGAUCAUGAUCUCUUUUAAUUUGUUGGUAUGUUUUUUUUUUCUACUGUCCCUGACCUGAUCAGGGCUUAGGGUUAGCCAUAGUUUUCGGUUAUUGUUCUUUGAUUUAACACGAAUGUGUGGAUUUGAGAAGAAAAAAAACUUUAUAUUUGCCAGAUUUGCAAAAACUUUGUUGUGAGUAAACAAGCACUAAUUUGCAAGCAAUAUUUUAACA